UUUACGCGACAUCGAAGGUGCCGAGUUUACAAGCAUGUUUUUAAUUUAUUAAAUGUUGAUUUUAUUUUGUUGCACGAAGAAAUAAAAAUGGGAAAGAAAGAUAAAAACAAAAAUAAAAAUAAAAUAAGCGGCAGUGUGAAAACCGCUCUGAAAACGGAAAAGAAGCUUAAUGCUAAACAGAAGAAGGAAUUGUCGGCGCUUGGUGAGGAUGACAUAGAAAAAGUCGUCGCUGAGAUUGAGAAAGAGGAAGCCCAAAGACAUUGUGUCAAAGAAGUGAUAAUAAAUCCACCAUCCAGACGAGUCAACUUCACUUUAACAGCACAUCCCUAUAAGGAUGAACUUAUUAUGUUGGGUGGUGAAUUUCAUGAUGGUCGACAGACUAUUGUGUAUGGCGAUAUGUUCUUCUACAAUAUAAAUAAGCAAGAAUGGACAUUGAUAAAAGCACCUGGAGCACCACCACCGCGAUGCGGCCAUCAGGCAGUAGUCACUGCAAAUCGCAAUGGCGAAUUAUGGGUUUUUGGCGGUGAAUUUAUCAGUCCAAGCGAAUUGCAAUUCUAUCAUUAUCGUGAUUUGUGGGUAUUUCGAUUCGCCGAAAGGAAAUGGGAAAAGAUUACAGCUGCAAAUGGUCCAUCAGCCAGAAGUGGACACAGGAUGAUAUACACAAAGAAACAGCUGAUAGUGUUUGGUGGAUUUCAUGAUAAUCUGCGACAUGAUUACAAAUAUUUCAAUGAUAUACACAUUUUUGAUCUGGAGACUUACCUAUGGCGGAAAAUCGAACCUACUGGUAUCGCACCUGCUCCUCGAUCCGGCUGUAUAUUUCUGCCUACUAGUGAUAACAAACUCGUUGUAUACGGAGGCUACAGCAAGGAGAAGAUGAAGAAAGACAUCGAUCGCGGUUGCAUUCACGCCGACAUGUUUCUCCUGACACAGAAAUCGGACAAAGACGUAAUCAAGUACAAGUGGGUUUCCGCGAAGCAAGCUGGAGUCCGAGUGACCCCAAGAUGCGGCGUUUCCGCUGCGUUAGUCCAAUCCGCGAAUGCGGCCUUUGUCUUCGGCGGCGUUCACGACAACGAUAAUGAUGAUGACGACGAGGAGGGUUUGCAUGGAAUCUUUUACAACGACCUACUCGCAUUGGAUCUUGAAAAAUUGCACUGGCGCCCGGUAACGUUAUCUGAAAAGAAGUCAACAGUUGAUGAUAGCAAAGGACGUAGAAGAAGAAAAAAGGAAGAAACUGAUAAAGAAUUGGGACAGAGUAAUAUUUCUGACGAAGAAGAAGCACAGGAAGAAUCUUCGAAUCUUGAACAAUCUACAGUUACUGUGGACGAUGAUGGAAUAUUUACAAUGACAGUAGGCCCAACAGCGCCAAUUACUUCAUUAUCUCUUCAUCAAUCCUGUUCGACAGUGGAAAAUGACAGUGGAAGAAUGAAGAACUUUCCGCCUCCGCGGAUGAAUGCUGGAAUGGUGAUAAAACACAAUGUUUUGUAUUUAUAUGGCGGCUUGGUGGAAGAUGGUGAUCGACAAUACACUCUUUGUGAUUUUUAUAGCCUGGAUUGUCGAAAAUUGGACGAGUGGAAGACUUUAAGAUCAGAUGAUUUAUCGUUGCAAACAUGGUUUGAGUCUUCUUCGGAAGAAGAUGAAGACGAAGAAGAAAAUAGUGAAGAAAACCAGGGCCAAAGUGAUGAGAGUGAACUGGUGGAAUAAAAAAUAAACUAAGAGAGAAAAAAACAACUUGUGUAUGUAGUUUUUUUAUAUAUUUACAUUUAAAUCAGAACUAAAGUCCAAUUACAAUUAUCGAUUUUUGUAAUUAACGCGUUCACUUUACUAUUCGUUUUAAGAACGAUUUGACUUAAUUAAAACUUAAUUAAAACGUUAUAUUCAUCUCAGAAUCUAGGAUCUAUUCAUAAGUGCAUUGGAAUCAUAUUUUUAAAUCAAAUAUCUGUAAACCUCUGCAGAAUUUUUCUUACAUAAUUUC